GUGUGUAGCUGUGUCCCAAUUCAGGGAUACAACCUUCUUAGGUCGCGGACUUAAAAACGAGGACUUGUUUUUCAAAGCACGCAGCCUCAAAAGUCCAAGAACCGAACUGAAAUGAGACGGUCCAGCCUCGCGGAGGAUUUCCUAAUUGCGUCACCUGCUGCUCAUGUUGCGUGGCGACAGCAGCAGGACACAGCAGUGACGUUUCUGACAAAUACGGAGCUCUUUUAUUUUAGAGAAUAUGACACGUUUAUGUAGAUUAAAACAGCCCAACAGUAUAUUAAAUUAAACAAUCUUACAAAUUUAAAACACAAUAAUGCACCAAUGAUGUUAAUGAACAACAUCACAUAUAAUAUUAAAACACUGAAAUGAACUGUUUUUGUGAAUUACCUACUUUUAUUUAACUAAAGUUUUGGAUGAUUAUUUAAAAAUUUGAAGCCGUUACUGGCGCGCAAUGAAUCUCGGGAUAGCCAAGGCUGUAAAUCAGUGGUCACCAACCCUGCUCCUGGAGAUCGGCUGUCCUGAAGAUUUCAGCUCCAACCCCAAUCAAACACACCUGAACUAUCUAAUCAAGGUGUUCAGGUUUGCUUGAUAAUUACAGACAGGUGUGCUGAAGCAGGGUUGGAGCUGCAAUCUGCAGGACGGUCAAUCUCCAGGAGCAGGGUUGGUGACCACUGCUGUAAAGGAUACAUUCGUUCUGUCCUUAAAAACCUGCGGAAAUAAGGUCGCAUUUUGGGGCUGCAUUUGAAGCAACCUUUGAAUCGGGACAGCCUUACCAGCCUUCAGUCGCGCUGCUGUGACGCAAUCGGUCUUAAAAUGCAGCCUUCAAAGCACACAGCCCCUGAAUUGGGACACAGCCUGUAUGUGUCAGGAAUGGAGAGGGUUGUGAAGUUUGUUUGAAGCGUGUGUCCCCUCAAAGAUAGUGAUAGCAGUCAUUUCUGACCUUGUCGAGAGGAAAACGGCUUUAAACCAAACUAAUUGAUGUUUAUUUGAAUAUGUACAAAUGCAGAAAGGUUUAUAAGGUCCAUAAGACAUGGAAACCCAAUGUGUGUGUGUUUUGUGACAGUGAAUGGAGAGGGUUUUGAGGUUUCCUCCACAGUUGAUGAUGGAGAUGAUGAUGUCGCUCCCGCAGACGUCUCCUGCAUCAUCUCCCCGUGUCCUACAGCUGCCGUCAUUGCUGCCUCUUCAUCACCGGCGUCGACAGCGGCCGUCACACAGACGACCGCCUCCAGCUCCAGCCCGCCAGCCGCUGAUGGAGGAAAACCACGACAGCAGCCCCCCCCAGCCGGCCCAGAACCACUGCCUUCCGGGUGGGAACAAAGGAAAGACCCUCAUAGCAGAACUUACUAUGUUGAUCACAAUACAAGAACAACCACGUGGGAGAGACCACAGCCUUUACCGCUGGGAUGGGAGAGGAGAGUGGAUAACCGCGGCAGGAUCUAUUAUGUGGAUCAUAACACUCGCACCACCACAUGGCAGAGACCCACGAUGGAGUCUGUGAGAAACUUUGAGCAGUGGCAGUCGCAGAGGAGUCAACUGCAGGGAGCCAUGCACCAGUUCAACCAGAGAUACCUCUACUCGGCGUCCAUGAUGUCAGCUGAGAAUGAUCCUCUUGGGCCGCUACCGCCGGGCUGGGAGCGCCGCGUGGACACCAACGAUCGUGUUUAUUUUGUCAAUCACAGCACAAAAACCACACAAUGGGAAGAUCCACGAACACAAGGGCUUCAGAAUGAGGAGCCGCUGCCUGAAGGAUGGGAGAUCCGUUACACACGAGAGGGUGUCCGCUACUUUGUGGAUCAUAACACGCGUACCACCACCUUCAGUGACCCCCGGACGGGCAAAUCUGCUGUCACAAAAGGUCCGCAGAUUGCAUAUGAGCGAAGCUUCAGGUGGAAACUGGCUCAUUUCCGUUAUCUGUGUCAGUCUAAUGCCCUGGCCAGUCAUGUGAAGAUCACUGUAUCCAGACAGACACUGUUUGAAGACUCUUUCCAGCAAAUCAUGAACUUCAAGCCAUAUGAUCUGAGACGGAGACUCUACGUCAUAUUUAGAGGAGAGGAGGGGCUCGAUUACGGGGGUCUCGCACGGGAGUGGUUCUUUCUUCUUUCUCAUGAGGUGUUGAACCCUAUGUACUGUCUGUUUGAAUAUGCGGGCAAGAGUAACUACUGUCUGCAGAUCAACCCGGCAUCCACCAUCAACCCUGAUCAUCUGUCCUACUUCUGCUUCAUCGGCCGCUUCAUUGCCAUGGCACUGUUUCAUGGGAAGUUCAUUGACACAGGCUUCUCGUUGCCCUUUUACAAGCGGAUGCUCAAUAAGAAACUCAUCCUGAAAGAUCUGGAGUCAAUCGAUCCUGAGUUCUACAAUUCUCUCAUCUGGAUCAGAGAUAACAAUAUCGAGGAGUGCGCUCUGGAGAUGUAUUUUUCUGUGGACAUGGAGAUUCUGGGUAAAAUCACGUCACAUGACUUGAAAAUGGACGGUGCCAAUAUCCUGGUGACUGAGGAGAAUAAGGAGGAGUAUAUUGGGUUGAUGGCGGAAUGGAGGUUUUCUCGAGGUGUUGAGAAUCAGACCAAAGCCUUUCUGGACGGCUUCAAUGAGGUCGUGCCGCUACAGUGGCUGCAGUACUUUGAUGAGAAAGAGCUGGAGGUGAUGUUGUGUGGCAUGCAGGAAGUGGAUCUUCAGGACUGGCAGAGGAACACUGUGUAUCGUCACUACACGCGCAACAGCAAACAGAUCAUCUGGUUCUGGCAGUUUGUGAAGGAGGUGGACAAUGAGGUGCGUCUGCGGUUGAUGCAGUUUGUGACGGGCACCUGCCGGUUGCCGUUAGGAGGCUUCGCUGAGCUCAUGGGAAGCAACGGCCCUCAGAAGUUCUGCAUUGAGAAGGUCGGCAAAGAGACGUGGCUGCCCAGGAGUCACACCUGUUUUAACCGACUGGAUUUGCCUCCGUACAAAAGCUUCGAACAGCUGAAAGAAAAGCUGCUCUUUGCCAUCGAGGAGACGGAAGGAUUCGGUCAGGAGUGAAGGUCUUUCCCCUUUACAGCCAAGUAAAACAAAACCAUGAAACUUGCACAGAAGAUACCAAUGUAAAUAAGCUAUUUUGUCAUUUUAAACCAAAUCUUAAUCGGAGACCUCAUUUAGCGAUCUUCAUAACAUGAUUCCCCAUAAAUAUGCAAGCUUUUCUGACCUUUUUCAUGCUGAUAUCUUAAAUAGACUUGGGUUUCAUGAUUUGGCGGCUUUUUAAAAUGAGCCUGAAAAAAAACAUUAGAGAAGAGGAUUUUCUAGCAGAACUUCAACUAACUUACGGCUCUAGUUUUAUAGAGCUUUUACUGAAUGAUUGUAGAGUUUGAUCAGGUGCCUGGAAUUUCUCAUUUUCUUUCGGUUAACGUUGGACAUUACGUUUGGAUGUUAAGCGCUUGCAUGGCUGCCUACAGAGUGAACGAUCAUUAGACUCGAACGGCCGUCUCAUAUCAUUACGCAGGUUUGGCUCUUGACAGUAUUUGCUGUUUGUCAAUCAGUAUUUGUCAGUAAAACGGAAUCUGGACGCUCAUGCUCAUGAAGGCAGCAGCUGUUGUGCUUUCUGCACUUGUUUCUGUGGCCUUUGACCCUCAGUUCUACAGGCGAGGAAAACUGUGUCCAUAACUACCUUUCAUAUUAAAAUAUAUGAAUUCAAACAAA